AUGGCGGGUUCAGGCGUCUUCACUGUCACCGAUAACGACCUCUUCGACUACUUCCCCGAGAACAACGCCGGAAAAGACGAUGAGGGUUGUGUUCUUUCAGCUAAAGGCAGCAACUUUGUGUUCAAUUUGGACCAGAGUCUGCUCAUCGACGCAAGCUGUGUUGUGAUUGGUCAGGUGCUCGGAGAAGGGCCGCAGUCGAUUGUCUAUGAAGGAUUGUACAAUUCCAAGCCUGUCGCCGUGAAAAUCAUACAGCCAGACGAAACAGGUUUAAUCAAUCCUGAACGCAAGGAAAAGUUUCAGAGGGAGGUGACUUUACUGUCAAAGGCGAAACAUGACAACAUUGUGAAGUUUAUCGGUGCAUCUGUGGAACCAAUUAUGAUGAUAGUUACUGAGCUUAUGAGAGGUGGUACAAUUCAGAAGUACUUGUGGGGCACCCGCCCUGUAGUUCUGGACUUGAAGCUUUCAAUAAGUUUUGCUUUGGAUAUAUGUCGAGCUAUGGAAUACUUGCAUGCAAAUGGCAUCAUACACCGUGACUUGAAGCCAAGCAAUCUACUUCUUUCAGAAAACAAGAAGCAAGUGAAGCUGGCUGACUUUGGGCUUGCUAGAGAGCAGAUAGAAGGUGCAAUGACUAGUGAGGCUGGAACAUACCGGUGGAUGGCUCCUGAGUUAUUCAGCAUAGAACCAGUUCCGAAAGGUGCAAUGAAAGAGUAUGACCACAAGGCUGACGUGUACAGCUUCUCAAUAGUUCUGUGGGAGCUGCUCACGAACAAAACUCCAUUCAAGGGAAGAAAUAACAUAAUGGUGGCCUAUGCUACAGCUAAUAAUGUAAGACCUAACCUGGAGGACAUCCCCAAGGAGAUUACCCCUCUGCUGAAGUCCUGCUGGGCAGAGGACCCCAAGGACCGACCAGAAUUUAUGGAAGUCACAGAUUUUCUCUCCAAAUUCUACCAGGAACAUUGCUUAAAGGAGACCAAACCUCCUCCUAAGGCCAUUGAGACUGAAAGUAAUGAGAGGAACAUUGAGGAACAUAAUGAGAAGAGCAUUAAGGAAGAAGAAUCGCUGAGUACCUCCAAACCACAUGUGAAUGAGAAACUUGAAGAAGAGAAAUGGGUUAAAAGGCGCAAGAAGAGUUGGUCAUCUAGUUGGUUCUGUUUCUCUUGCUUAGCUCAUUGA